GAAGCAGAUUACGACCUAGAAGAAGAAGUAGAAAAGGCCGAGCAGCGCUAAAGACGUCGUUCAACUCGCCAACGGGCCGCAGAGAAACCGUCGAGAAGUCAUGCCUCGUGUUUAUAUCGGACGACUGAGCUAUAAUGUCCGCGAAAAGGACAUUCAGCGUUUUUUCAGCGGAUAUGGAAAGUUAAUGGAAGUGGAUUUGAAGAACGGCUACGGGUUCGUGGAGUUCGAGGACAACCGAGACGCCGACGACGCCGUGUACGAGCUGAACGGGAAGGAGCUGUGCGGGGAGCGGGUGAUCGUGGAAAACGCCCGGGGGCCGCGGAGAGAUCGAGAUGGCUACGGUGGGGGUCACGCGGAUGGUGGGCGCAAGUCCAGUUGCGGGCUGAGGCUGAGAGUCCAUUGAGGCUAAAGAUGACUGGCUAAGAUGACUGCCUGUCCCGUUUGGCCUUGGCUUUCACCUUACAAUGUGUGUGUGACCUUUGCCCCCCCUUGAUCCUUGGCUGACCUAACCGGAAGCCAUGAUGACAGCAGCCUUUUGCCAAUAGACCAGGGGUGAUGGUAGCGGUUACAGCAGCCGGAGCCGCACUGGCAGGGAUAAGUACGGACCUCCAGUUCGUACUGAAUACCGUGUCAUCGUGGAGAACUUGUCCAGCCGCUGCAGUUGGCAAGACCUCAAGGACUUCAUGCGUCAGGCAGGAGAGGUGACUUAUGCAGAUGCCCACAAGGAACGCACAAAUGAGGGUGUGAUCGAGUUUCGGUCCCAGUCGGACAUGAAGAGGGCCAUUGACAAGUUGGAUGGUACGGACAUUAAUGGACGGAAGAUUCGUCUUGUGGCCGAACAACCUCGCAAGCAACGGUCUUACUCCGGCAGCCGCUCCAGAUCUCGUAGUCGCCGCCGCUCCCGCAGCAAGAGCCGCAGGAGCUCCAGGAGUCGCUCUAGAUCCCACUCCAGGUCUCGUUCCCAUAGCAACAAGAGGCGUCGCCAUUCCCGCUCCAGAUCUGGAAGAAAGUCUCGCUCCAAGUCAGACGAAAGCAAAUCCCGAUCCCGCAACCGCAGGUCCCGUUCUCGGUCCCGUUCUCGGUCCCGCAAAUCAAAGUCCCGUUCAGGCUCCCGCAAAUCCCGGUCUCAUUCAGUUGACCGUAAAUCAAAGUCCCGUUCAAAGAGUCCUUCAAAGGUGAAGUCAGAUCGUGAUUCUCGCAGUCGUUCAAAGGAGAUCUGUGGCGACAAACCCCGCAGUCAUUCAGCAUCUCCGAUGGUCAACGGGAAAGAGGAGAGUGUCACCAAGUCUCUUGCCCGCUCCCCAUCGCCUCGUGAGGAUGACCGCCGAUCCAAGUCCAGGGAGAAACUUCCAUCCCCUCGCUCAAGGUCUCGCUCAAGGUCUAGAUCGGCCUCUAAGGAUUAGUGGAAUUAAGAAAGGGAGGCGUUUCUUUGUCGAGCUCGAUCCCUCUGCUGUACAUGUCAUGUGAGCAGUGUUGUCAUACUGGCUUAUGCUUCCUGGCUUGUCUACUUUUCUCUACGUGUUCACUUGUCUUAAACAUGUUUUAGAUUCUGUUUUAUUAGAGGAAGCGCCACAGUAAUUUAGAUUUCUGUAUCGUCUUGCCACCAAGGAAAAAAACAUUUUCUCAAUUAUAUUUGAAAAUAACUGAACUAGAGUCAAAAGAAGCUGGACUUGAAACAUUUAGUGCUUUGAUUUGAGAUCGUUCAAGUAACUCUGUCCCAAUAAAUUAAACUUGAUCGGUAAACUAGGUUUGUCACACAGUCUCUUAUUAAAAACUGAUUACAGCCUCGUGAAAAUUAAGUAGUCUUUAUUUGGCUUUCAUCAUUUUAGACAUGCGUCUCAGUUGUGAUCGGGAUUGUUUCAUUUGUAGAUCAGAAGAAAAACCUUCCUAGCGUUGUGAGAUCUUUGUCAUUUCUGUCUAUCGGACAGUUUGAUGCAACAGUUCUGUUUUCACGUUCAUUCAUCUGUGGUUGUAGGAGGAAAGUAGCGCUCGGCAGGAGCGUUGGAGCAGUUUCAAUAAUUUCUUUCUCAUUUGAAUUGGCCGAUCUUUGUCUUUUGCAGUACUCUAAAAUGCUCAACUGGGAUGCAGAACUUGAGCAUUGCAUUAGGGGAACUGUUAUGAUCUCCUUUUAACCUCUUGUACAUAAACUGCUCGGCAUCAAAAAACGAUUUAUAUAUUUUUUUUUUUUGUUGCUACAGGUUUUUGUUUUUUUUGGUAAUAUGUGGAACAUAAUUUGUCUUUUUCUUAGAGCUUCAAGGCCCAGAAUGCAAUGUCCUAUUCUCAUGUUUACUGCUUUUUGUUGUUUUUUGCAGCCCUGAAAGUAAUUUUUUUGUACUGCAUCCCUUUUUCUGCGAGUUGAAUCCAGGGGACACGGUGUUUGUCAAGCCUCUUGCUUAUUUACGGUGUGCAGCCAGUACUGGAGUGUUUGUACUUAAAGGUACAUUGUGUCUCUGGAGUGUUUGUGUGUUUAUUACAAACAAGACUUGGUGAAUGCAGCCCCCCCCUUCCCCCCACUCCAUCUUGUGGAACAGAUUAUUCUCCGCGCAAAUGAGAUCUAAUGGAUAAUUGUCCUUUUUUAUUGUAUGUUCCAUUAAAGAUCUUAAUAAAAGAAUCCCUCCGUGUGACUUUGCUUCCUGUCUGCAGUAUCGACGUGACCUAUAUCCUGCUAAUUAUAUAAUAAACGGUGUUUCACGGGCGCGCGGCUCUUUGUGGCUAAAUGAAGAGGAUCACGGUGUUCUGUGCUUUUUUACAAUGUGACGUAAAAGCGGCAGCGCUCCGGUCUCCCGACUCACCGAUAGUCCACGACAUUAUCUUCACAUCACACCGGCGCGGUUGCGCUCGAAGUCUUUUUUUGGCGUUACAUUAGUCAACGAGCGGUGACUGUACUGGGGGCUCACGCAUGCGCAGACGGAGCCCCGGAGCCGCAGGAGAUAAUAGCUGUGCUCCGGAGUAAAGGACAGGGACGCCGUUAUGAGUGCCAAAGUGAACCUGGAGGCUCUCCCCAAAGAACCCGAUCGCACCACUUUGGGCCCAUGCUCCUCGUCCCCGAGCGAGGCCGUCGUCAUCUGUGGCACUGACAGUGUGGCCAAGAAGGCUUGGCCCCAACCCCACACCACCACAGCGUUCCUCCUACCAGCUCCUGCUGCCAGCCACCAGAAGCUGGAGGUGACUCCAGCUGUUGCAAUCGGAGACCCAGGUAAAGGAGGCAGGGCCAAUGAGACAGCCACACCCACCCUGACAGCACAGGUGGGCGGGGCUUGUAGCAUUGUCCUAGAGUGGAAGGAGGGAGUGGCCAUCCUGCCCAGCAGCAACCUCAAGUUCUGUGUGAGUGAUGUAGGAACGCUGAGCACACUGAUCACCCCAGGGGCCACCAGCAGCAUAACUGAACCAGCAGCCGGGACUUCUGGGAGAUCUGCUUUGGCAGAGAGCGCUCCAGCAGACAAGCCAGACGUGUCGGCUCCUGUCGGCUCCGUGAGAGGUGCAGUAGCGGAGCCGGAGAGGGUGGUGCCGGUCAAACCUGAGGCCCAGGUCGGACUGGGACAGCAGACCUAUGAUGCCAGAGCUCAGAGGACCUACAAAGAGGAGCUACGCAGAGAGCCCAUCACUGACAAGAGGAUUGUUGGGGUGGAGAAGGUGCCAGCAGGCGGGAGGGUCUCCUUCCUUAACCCAGAUCACCUGAAACCUAUGAGGAAGAGGAAGAGGAAGGAAUACCUCAGUCCCUCUGAGGAAGACUCUGACAUCGAAGGCACGGAUGAGAAAAUGGAUGAUUCUAAAGCAGACGGCAGACACAUCAGAGGAGCCGGAGACAGUAAGACAGAACAGUGGACGUGGGCUCAGUAUCUGGAGGAAACCAAAUCUGUUGCUGCGCCCAUCAAGCUUUUCCAAGAGACCCAGAGAGUGCCAACAGUGAAGAGCGGCUUUAAGCAGGGGAUGAAGCUGGAAGGCAUCGACCCGCAACAUCCAUCCAUGUACUUUGUUCUCACUGUGGCCGAGGUCUGUGGUUACCGGCUGCGGCUUCAUUUUGACGGCUACUCCGACUGCCACGACUUCUGGGUGAAUGCCAACUCCCCCGACAUCCACCCUGCAGGCUGGUGUGAGAGCACAGGACACAAACUGCACACUCCCAAAGGCUGUAAAGAGGAGGAGUUUACCUGGACCAACUACCUGAGAAUGACUAAAGCACAAGUGGCGUCCAAAGAACACUUUGCCAGUCCUGGGAGGAUCGACGUGAAGUGCAGUUUUGAGAUAGGAAUGAAGCUGGAGGCCGUGGACCGUAUGAACCCCUCCCUCAUCUGUGUAGCAACUGUAACUGACGUGGUGGACGAGCGCUUCUUGGUUCAUUUUGACAACUGGGAUGAUACAUACGACUACUGGUGUGAUUCCAGCAGUCCGUACAUUCACCCUAUUGGUUGGUGCCAGGAGAGGAACCUCCCCCUAACACCACCCCAAGAUUACCCAGAUCAGGCCCGGUUCUCCUGGUCUCACUACUUGGAGGAGACUGGUUCCAAGGCGGUGGCAGCUGAGGCCUUUAAAGUGCGUGCGGCCCACAGCUUCCAGCCUCAGAUGAAACUGGAGGCUGUGGACAAGAGAAGUCCUGGUCUGAUCCGAGUGGCCACAGUGGAGGAAGUGGAGACUCAUCGCAUUAAGGUCCAUUAUGACGGCUGGAGUCAUGUCUAUGAUGAGUGGAUGGACUCAGAUCACCCUGACAUCCACCCAGCAGGCUGGUGUGAGGCGACCAGUCACCCACUCAAAGUUCCCCCGCGGGACGCCAGAAGACAGCAGCCACAUGCUAGCAACCAGCACUUUGGUCAAAACUGUGUGAGGGAGCCUCCGACCACAGGCCAGUCCACCUACCCAUCCUCGGUUCCCUGUAAACCCAUCAGCCACCCCAGAUCCAACAAGUACAGCUUCCACAACAGGAAGUGUCCAACUCCUGGUUGUGACGGUUCGGGCCAUGUGACCGGCCGUUUCACGGCCCAUCAUUGCAUAUCCGGCUGCCCAUUGGCUGAGCGUAACCAAGGCAGGCUGAAGGCCGAGCUGUCAGACUCGGAGUGCAAGAGGACCCUCUUCUUUGGCCAGAGGACCAAGAAGACACAUUACCGUGGCAGGAUUGGCCGUCCUCCCAAAUUCAGGAAGAACCAGCAGAGAGACUACCAGAACAUGUCCUCAGAAGGCGUGUAUCCGUCACUAUUCAUGUCAGCUCUGAGCAGCCAGUCAGACAGGACUCUGUCUCUGUGCUGGGAGCAGCACUGUAAGCUGCUGCCCGGCGUUCAGGGCAUUCACGCCAGCCAGGUGGCCGAAUGGAGCGUUGAAGAGGUCUUCAUGUUUGUCCAGAAUCUAAUCGGCUGUGAAGAACAGGCUCGUCUCUUCAAAGAAGAGAUGAUUGACGGGGAGGCCUUCCUGCUGCUGACCCAGGCCGACAUUGUGAAGAUCAUGAGCAUCAAGCUUGGCCCUGCCCUCAAGAUCUCCAAUGCCAUUCUCAUGUUCAAGAGCACAGACGAGGUACUCAAGUGAUCCCACCCUCACCUGACGUGUGGCGUCGGGCCGUCGUUCAUCAUGUGCCAAAUUCAUUCUGUUGCAGGGAAAAGACCCUGACCCCUUUUUUUCAUGUGUUUGGUGUCCUG